AUGGCCGCCUACGCAACCGAACGCCGCAUCGCCGAGCUCGCCGUCCAGCGCGCCUGCCUGCUCACCGACAAAGUCUACCACUCGCGCGUCAAGGGCACCGUCACAAAGGGCGACAAGUCCCCCGUCACCAUCGCCGACUUUGGCGCCCAAGCCCUCGUCAUCGGCGCCGUGCACACCGUCUUCCCCGCCGACUCCAUCGUCGGCGAAGAAGACGCCGAGGUGCUCCGGUCCGAGGCCGACAAGCGCGAGUCCGUGUGGAGCCUUGUGCAGUCCGCCGUCGACGACAGCGCCGUGCUGACGGCCGAUAUUGGUGCCGUAACGGACGCGGAGGAGAUGAUGGCGCUGAUUGAUCUGGGGAACCAUGCGGGGGGCUCUGUUGGGCGGAUAUGGGCGCUCGACCCAAUCGACGGCACAAAGGGCUUCCUCCGCGGCGACCAGUAUGCAGUCUGUCUCGCCCUCAUCGUCGACGGGUCCGUCCAAGUCGGCGCCCUCGGCUGCCCCAACCUCCCCGUCGACCCCGCGCAGCCAGAAGGCGAGAAGGGUAUCCUCCUCUCUGCCGUCCGCGGGCAGGGUGCCACCAUCCGCCCGCUCUCGAACCCCUCCGCAACACCCACACCAAUCCACAUGCGCGCCAUCAGCGCGCUCUCCGCCGCCUCCUUCUGCGAAGGCGUCGAGGCGGGCCACUCGUCGCAUGGGCAGCAGGCAGCCAUUGCAGAGGCGCUGGGAAUCACGAAUAAGUCCGUCCAGAUGGACUCACAAGCGAAGUAUGCAACGAUUGCGCGCGGCGUGGCCGAUAUCUAUUUGAGGCUGCCGACGAGCGCGACUUAUCAGGAGAAGAUCUGGGACCACGCAGCCGGCUCCCUCAUCGUCGAAGAGGCCGGCGGCACCGUGAGCGAUGCGCACGGCAACGCGCUCAACUUCGGUGUGGGAAGGACGCUGAGGGAGAAUAAGGGCGUGGUGGCCGCGACGAGGAACAUCCACGCCGAGGUCAUUGCCGCGGUCAAGGCCGAGCUGGCGAAGGCGCAGUUGUAG